AUUUCAUUUUUCAUUCGAUUUAUUUGCUCGGGAGAGUACGGAAGUGACAAAACUAGCACCUGAAAUUGAAAAAAAAAAAAAUAGUGACAGCGGGGAAAAGUUUUCCUAUUCAUCGAAUUUCGCAAAAGGAAAAAAAUCAAUCAGAAAAAAAAUCCCAUUCUCAAUAAAGUUAAAUGAUUUUUAUUAAAAAUUAUAACAUCUAAUUAGUUGUUCAUUACCUGGUGCGGUCGAAGUGGAAAUAGAUUAAAUUAUAGGUUACGAGUGUCCGUCGUCGUUCGGUCGGGCAAAAAUGAGUUCAAGCAUGAAAUUCAAUUCUCGUAUACUGAGUUCGCAGCAGCUAAAAAAGCUGUCCGAGCACAAAUACUCCUGUUCAAGUACGAGUCUUCUUGAUCCACUGUUGCAGCCCUGGUGGAAUUGGUUGGUGUCAAAAACUCCACUUUGGCUGGCGCCAAAUUUAAUAACAAUUAUUGGAUUAAUUAUAAAUAUAUUAACUACGUUGGUUCUAAUAUCAUAUAGUCCCGAUGGCACAUCACCUCCGCCCAGAUGGACAUGUCUACUAUGCGCCUUUGGUUUGUUUGUCUAUCAGAGUCUUGAUUCAAUCGAUGGCAAACAAGCUCGCCGCACAAAUACAUCUUCACCUUUAGGUGAACUUUUUGACCAUGGUUGCGACUCGAUAUCAACAAUAUUUGUAGCCCUCUCAGCAUGUAUAUCGUGUCAAUUAGGUCAUUUUCCUAACUGGUUGUUCUUCCAGUGUUUCUGUGCCAUAACACUUUUCUAUUGUGCACAUUGGCAAACUUAUGUAUCUGGAACACUUAGAUUUGGUAAAAUCGAUGUCACAGAAGCUCAAAUCACUAUAAUGGGCAUUCAUGUAGUUUCAGCUAUAUUUGGCCCAGAAAUAUGGAUUGCUAAGCUCCCAUACACAGGACAAGAUGUAAGAAUCAUGCCUCUUUUUUUUGCCUCCGGCAUUGAUACAUUACUAGCCCUGCGCUACGCAAAAGUCGUAAUGACUGGAGGUUGUGGAAAAAAUGGAUCAUCAGUUGCUGGCACCAGUGUCCUAUCACCAAGCAUCCCCUUAUCGUUGGUGGUUUUGCCCGCUUUCAUAAUUGCACAAAAAUCACCACAAAGCAUCUUCGAACAACAUUCGUCACUGUAUAUUCUCGCCUUUGGAAUGGUUGCCGCUAAAGUGACCAAUAAACUUGUGAUAGCUCAUAUGACAAAGAGCGAAAUGGAGUACCUGGAUUGGUCACAAUUGGGUCCUGCGUUGUUAUUCCUGAACCAAUAUUUUAAUUGUGUUGUGCCAGAAAUCUGGUUGUUGUGGUUUACACUAAUUUGGGGAACACAAGAUCUACUGCGGUAUUGUUCGCAGGUCUGCCUUGAGAUUUGUGAUCAUCUUCACAUUCAACUCUUUAAAAUACCCUACCCACCUAAAGGCCCAGCUACAGUGAGUCAAGGUACAAACCCACCUACAACGAGUCUAAGUAUGACCUCAGGAGCACCACAUGACAAAAACGGAGGCAGCCAUCAUCGAAAGCACGCCAAACAGUCAAGUAAAAAGCAGCUACAACACAGCAGCGUUUCUCACUAGGGUCUAUUAGCAGUAUAUUAUUAUUAUUAUUAUUUAAAUAGAAAUUUAAUAAUAGUAGGAUAUUGUGUUUAUAUAACUUUGCUUUUGUGUACCCCUCUAACGAUUCUCUCUUGUUUAAUUUUUCCUCUACCAAAUGUUUUUUCCACUUUUAAAGUAAAGUAAAAUAUUAUUAUCAAUUAUGUAAUAUGAUAAACACCUCUGCAACCUACCUACUUAUACACUAAAAACUAUCUACACCUUUGCUAAACCAUCCAACCACCUGCUAUCUAUUAACUUCCUUGUAAAUCAUCAAACCAGAGUGUUAUUUUGUUUUUAAGAUGAUUUGUAUGUGUGUUAAAUAGAAUCAAACAAAAACAAAAAAAAUGUAGAACUUAGAAGUAAAGUAAUAAAUUGAUUCAUGUGUGUACUAUUAAAAAUACGAACAUUAUCAUAAUAAAAAAAGCCUAGUAGAAUAUUCGCUAAGCGAAUUAUUGUCUAUAAUAUAAUACAUAAUUCCUUUGAAUUUUUAUUUUCGUUUCAAAUAAAUUGAAGAAAAAAUAAUUUAUAAUUAAAACAAAAAAAAGAACAAACAAUAUUAAACACAAAAUCAUUGUAUGCACAGUACACAUAUGUACUGUGCAUUGUAUGUAUCUAUUCUAGAGUGUCUAAUAUAAAAACAUAAUAAUUAAUCGUUGUUCCUUUUAUUUUCAAAAAUAUUGAAUUGUGAAUUUUUAUUUUUUUUUUGUAUUUCUAAAAAAUGUAAAUUAUGUAAAAGAAAAAAAAAACUAAAUUUUAAAGCUUAGAUAAAAACAGACAAGAUAUAACAUUAAAGGGAAUUUGACAAAAAUAAAAAAAAAAAAUACAUAUAAUAAAUGUGCUAAGAAAAAAAAACUUGAAAUGUAAAUCUUAAAAAAGUGUAUAAAAUAAUAAAAAAAAUUAAACGAAAAAUUUAAAAGUACUUGUGCAAGCAAACGAGAAAAACAAAACAAUUUUUAUGCAUUAAAGAUUCG